UGUCUGAGUGUAUGCGCGCGUGUGUCUGUGUGCGUGUGUGCAUGCGUGCGUGUGCGUGCUGUGCGCAGUGCGUGGCGUCGUCAUGGUUCUGAUCUGGAGCGGCGAUCAAGUCCGUCCUGAGGUUUCUGAGCCACCGCAGAGCAGAGGAUGGCGACAGCAAGUGGUCGGUUCACUACAAUACCCAGAAGCCUCAGCAAGGACUGCGUUUCAUCCCGGGAAAGAAGCGCUCAGGCAGCGCUGACGACCUGCGAGCGUGGAACGGGCUGACUCAGCAUGGCUUCAGGAGGCCCGGCAGCUCUCGGCCCCGCGAGUCCAGUCCUGCCUUCUCUCCGUUCCCCGGGCCCGACCACCAAUCAGAGGGCGGCAUGCGGCGACGCUGGAGGGACAAAAGCAGGAAGAUGUCGUCUACGUCCUCUGAAGAAGAAGAGAGGUUCAUCGUGAGCCACACGCGACCCCUGACCCCUCUGGUCCUCAACCCCGUCCCGCUCACCUCCUGCUGGGAUGUCUUUGCACCGACUUAUGAGCCAGCGGCUGGCCUGGACAUGGAGCCGGCCCCCCGGCUCCCGACUCCUGAGGAGAGGAUGAGGCAGCAGGCCGAGGCCAUCGCGGCUGAUAUAGUUCCCAUCGAUGUGACAGGGGAGAGUUUUGAUCGUCAGGCCAGUUUUCGAAGAUCCAUCGCCAGCACUGACUCGUUGACCCGCCGACCCCGUAAUCUGAGCCGCCGCAAGACAGUCACCGGAUUACCAGACGACGUCAGGCCCAAGCCCUCAGCGGGCUCUGCGGCCCUGCCCGGACAGUACUCCACCGUGGGUCGGCCCGCCUCCACUUCCUGCGCCUCCACCCGCCGUCAGACGAGCACAGAGGAAGAGAAACCAGGAAGCAGGAAGAAGGGACAGUCCUUGUCAAGAAAGAUCCGAGCUCCGCGCGGUGAGGGAAUGUCCAGCCUGAUGGCCUCGCUGACCUCCUCCCCGCGAGCCGAUCAUCAGUACGCCUCCUCCAGUCUUCCCCGUCUUGCAACAAACUCCUCUCUGAACUCUGAAGUCAGCUGUCAAAACACGUAUCGGACGCUCAGUGCCUCCUCUUCCUGCCAGUCCCAGGAUCUGCAAGGAUUUCCAAGCGACCUCCAGCCCCUGCUGCCCAUUGAUCCCACGGCUUGUGGCGGAUCCCAGUCUCCCUGCUCUGAUCCGGGCACGCCGGGUCGUCGCGCCCUGCGGUCUGAGUGGUCCUACCCCAGUGACAAGUCUCUACUUGAGGCCGCUUCAUCCUCCCACCGCCUCUCUUCUUCCUCCACACCUGAUUCGGAGUCUCAGCUCAGCUACCAGGCGUUUGAUCCGGACCAGGCCGGCACCCAGCAAGACCCUCGGUGCUUCUCUGACAGUGGCUCCUACGACGGGGAGGGGUGGAGGUACAGGCCCCUCUCCCCGGCCUCCAGCGUACACAGUAGCGUCUUCAAUGAUUCCGCAGAAGGUUCUAACUACGACCCCCUGCUGUGUUCCGGCCGGUCCUCCCCCUCUUGUGCCGACACCAGCUCUUUGUGCUCAGAGAAGUUCACCUCGUCUCCACCUCUGAGCCGGAACAGAAGGAAGUCGAGCACGGCGUCGUCCCACUCGCACUCCUCCACCCGCAGCAUUUCCCUGCGCAAGUCCAAGCGUCCGCCUCCUCCGCCCACGCGCUCCGACUCCCUGAGACGCCGCUCAGGUCGUAGUAAGCCCUUCCGGUCGUCCUCCAGCCCCCGCCCGCCUCGCGCCGCCCAGGUAGAGCGCACGCCAUCGCCUCAGGCCUUCCACGACCCCUGGGUGCCCCGAAGCACGCCGAAACGACGCCAGAGUGGGGUCACCUGCGGCACAGUGACAACUUUCGAGCCUUUAAGUACCACCUGCCAGGAAAUGACCACGGUGGAUCCUCCGUCAUCUUGCCAUCGACCAACCAACAACGUCUGCUCCCAAGUCCCCGCCCAUCGGUCCCCCGUCCCAGAGGGGGCGGGACUGAGACUUAGCCUCGGUCCCCAGCCGCCUGCUUCCUCCUCCGUCCCCCGGCUUCAGCGUCUCGCGUCGCCGUCCAGCGGUUAUUCCAGCCAGUCGAACACUCCGACGCCGGGCACUCCGGUCUCCUCGCCCUUCGCCCCGUCCUCCCCAGGAGCCUUCUCCCUGCCGCCCGCCUCUCCCUUCUCCUCCUCCUCAUGUCCGUCCUCCUUCCCCCUGUCCCCUGCCGCCGUGGCGUCCUCUCUGCCCAGGACGAAGCCUCGAGACGGCAGGCAGAAGCCACCGGUCCCAGAAAGAAAGUCGUCGCUCUUCUCCUCCCUCUCUUCAUCUUUUUCUUCCACCUCCUCCCUUUCUUCCUACACCUCCUCCGAUUCAUCUACCAAGCAUCCUCCUCUUCCUCCCCCACCUCCGUUACCACCGUCCUUCCUGCGCAGUCCUCCUUCUCCAAUACCUAUAGCUCAUCAUCCUCCCCCUCCCCCUCCUCCUCCUCCUCCUCCUACUCCUCCACCUUCAUCCCACCCACUCCCUCCUCCCCCACCACCCCCUCCUCCUCUGCUUCACUCCUCCAUGGAUACUCCUUCAGCUUCCUCACUUUCUGAAGUCCUUCCUCCCCCUCCUCCUCCUCCUCCUCCUCCUCUCCCACCGCUGUACCACUCCAUGUCUCCUCCUCCUCCUCCUCCUCCCUCCCGGCCUCCACCUCCACCUUACUCUUACGCUGUGAGGCACACCUGUGCUACACCGACCAACCUUCCGCCUCCAUCUAAUUUCCCACCUGCCCUCCCAACCUCCGAACCUUUCACAGAUCUUCCUCCACCUCCUCCUCCUCCUCCUCCUCCCCCUCUCCCCUCCCCCUCACUCUCGUCCCUCUCUCAUGCUAGCAGCAGUGCUUCUCUGAAGAACUGCGGUGAUCCGGUGGCGCCUCCGUGCCUCCGGGUCACUCCUCAAGCUCUGCAAGGCGUCAGGCUUCGCCGAGUCAAGAACCACGAAGUCCUGCAAACCGCGGCUCUGCCUGCCGAAGCAAACCAGCCCAGCCCGGAUCUGCAGCGCCACGAGGAUCAGCCAGACUCUGUCAGCAAUGCUGAAGUACAACAACCUGUAUUCAAAUUAAGUCGAAGCCCCUCCAAGAAAACAAAAAGUGAAACAGCUGAUCCAGCCAAUAAUGAUGCUGAUGCUCAUCUUCGAAGCUCAAGAGCUUCAAACAUCCAGUCCAGCAACCAAAGGAUGGAAGAUUUAGAGUCGCUUGUGAAUAACCAAGUCUCUAGUCCCUAUUUGAAAAUGUUUUAUGAUACCGACAAAAAACAGAGGAACACAAUUAUGCAACAACCCCAGGCCAUGGGUUCUGCCCUUAUGGAUGCUAAGCUAACAGACUUAGCAUGCCCUGACAUGAAGCACAGUCACAGGGGCAUUCAGGCAGGCAGCCCAAGGAGGCUAUGCUCACCAGAGAAACCGGUCCCACCGAAGAAGCCCGACUUUUCUAUUGUUGGCGCUGUGUCCUCUCCAAAGUUCAGGAUACGAGAAAAUCCAGCACCUUCUGCUGGACUCAGCCACCAGCCGCAGCCUCUUCCCGAUGUACACCCAGCUCACGGAGCACCUUCACCGGAGCGCCUGACCUGCAGUAAACCAGCAACACACGCAUAUUCAGCGCACGGAAGACCUACCGACGGCAGCAAACCCUCACCUGCUGGUUCUCCUCACCGACAGAAGCCGCCGAUAACUCACAAGAAGCCAGAACUGAGUUCUGCUGCAGCCAAACCGGUCAGUGGGUCCAGUGGGACCAGCGUGAUCACUCAGACUCACAACACCACCAGCACUGGGACCUCAGCGAGCAGUGGCCUCUCCAGGUCCGUCGGUACCUGCAGCUCUUUGGGAACCGCUGAAAUCCAAGGAACCAGUUCCGUCUGGACGGAGCGCUCCCAGAUCCAGGGAGGAAUGGAGUUCAGAAAGACGAGAGUCAACCAAGGCGAUGAAGCAUCUCAGAGGAGGAUGAUGAGGUCUUCACUGGCUGAGGACGAAGAGGACGACGAAAGGCAAGAAAGAGGGGCGGUAACCACCAUCGUCAUGACGUCAAAGAAAAAAGACAAGGCGAGGAAGAGGAGGAAGAGGAGGGCGGGCAGGCAGCUGCUCAUGAUGCCGUCGGUCAUGCACUCCUCCCCCGCUUCAUCGUCCUCGUCCACAUCCUCAUCCUCCUCGUCAUCUUCUUCCUCCUCCGGAGAUGAACCGGACGAAUAUGAGAACAGGGCGGCGAGGAAGAUGGUGGCGAGAGGCUGCGACGCGGAGACGAGCGACUCGGAGAGCUCCUGCGCUCCGAUGGGCCGGAGCGGGUUCUCCCUGAGCAGCGCGCUGUCCACCGACAGCCUGCGGGGGGAGCUGGCGCUUCCAGACCUCCUCAUUCAAGAACCGCGCGACCAGGAGGUGGACGAGAAGGCCCAGCGGACGGCGGCGGUCGGAACCAGAGGCCAGGACACAGACGAGGUCAUCAGACACCCAGACGCCGAGCUGUUCGUCAGCGUCUCGGCUGACCAGAUGUUCGUCUCCGCUCGACCGCGAACCACCGAGGAUCUGUUCGCUGUCAUCCACAGGUCAAAGAGGAAGAUGCUCGGAAAGAGCGAUCCGGAAACAGACGGGCAGCGGAUCCCCUCUUCCUCGCCCUCCUCCACCCACCCCCUCCGCCUUCGUCCAGCGCAACCUUUCCCACGCAGAGGUCAAAGGUCACCGAGAAGCGAGAGCUUCAAGGCUCUGCUGCUCCGGAAAGGCAGCCGUCCUGAUUCUUCUUCUCGAGUCUCGGCCGUGGAGCGUCUCUGUAAAUGUGCCACGUCUCUGGACCUCCGGGGGGUUCCGCUGCCUCUUCCUCCUCCUCCUCCUCCUCCUCCUCCUCCUUCACCUCCACACCGAGAACCCCACAGUGCUCCUGACAUCAACAUCCACCUGAGCGUGGACCUUCAGGCCCCGCCCACGCCUCAGAGCUUCUCCAUGACGCUCGGAUGGAAGCAGCAAGAUCUGACGCACCUCCUGGCCUCCUCUUCCUCCUCCUCCUCCUCCUCUUCCUCCUAUUCCUCCUUUUCCUCUUCCUCGCCCUUCUUCUUCCUCACCUCCUCCUCGUGGAGACCUCGCUCCCUCACUCCGCCCUGCUCUACCAGACGGCGCCUGGCAGCUCGCUGCCGCCUCUUCACCCCUCCCAUGACCGCCAUCUUUGAAGGCGAGGACGAGGACGAGGACGGCGAGGAAGAGGAGGACGAUGAUGUUUUCCUGGAGGCACCGGUCGGCAGCAACGAGUCGGCGCUCCAGCUGGUGGAAAUUUCUUAACGGGCGACUUGAAGCAAAAGAAAACCGGAUCAAACCGGAUCAAACCGGAUCGGACUUGACUGAAAACAGACCCAACAGGAUUGAACCGGAUCAGACUGGACAGAACUGGAUGACAUCACACUGAAUCUGACUGGAUCAAGCUAACUGAACUGAAUCAAACCGGCGCAGGCUGAACCCAUAAAACCGGUUCUAACGUCAGUGAACCGGUCUGAACUGGAUGAGUCCGCAUCCACCGGACUCAAGCGGCUUCAACCGGAUCUGACUGACACUCGGACCGUUUACCAACUGAAUGUACUAAAGCACACGAGCUGACCCAAGUGUUCCGCUGCCACGUUUAUACGUCUGAAAACCGAAAGAGAACCUGUGUUUGUUUCAAAACGAGCUAAAUGAGAUGUGGGGUUUCUUCCUGAGAUUAACCAGUACACAUUAUAAUAAGAGUGCAGUAGUAAUAAUUAAAGGAACUAUGUGAUUGUGCAGUUUUAGGUUCAAGGAGUCCAAGCAGAAAGAUAAAAGCAGGCGUUUCAGUUCACACUGAAACAAUAUUGUUUUGCUGUGAAAUCUGAAAUCUCCUGAGAGGCUUGAAGAUGAAUUUGCAGCCUGCGGGGAACACGUGGCGCAGCUUGGACCCCGUUUAUUUCCAAUAAUAAAUCUGCCUAAUCAGCUGUAUUUAAACCAAACCAAUGAUGAAUGAAGUGAGUUUAGAAAACCUCCCCGCUGUGUAACACUGGGAAAUAGUGAGAUUUGGGGUUUUGUGCAGUAGAGACGCAAAAGAAUGAAAAGCUGACGCAAAAGCUUUUUUUUUUUUCUGUUAAAGAUGUUUUUCUUUCUGUUUCCAUUUGUGAGCCUGAUACUGUUUUUCAGUUAAUCCUGGUGUCAUUUUGUGUUUUAUUCCUUCAAGUGAAACUUUUUUAAAGCCGAUUUCUCCCCGGUUUGAAGCAGCUCAUGUUUUACUUGUUUCUCUCUAUAAUAUGAUGAAACAGACCUCGGUGUAACUUUCUCAGUUUUUUUGUAGUUCUUCCUGUCCUGUAAAUAUUCCUCCUCUUUUACAUUUUUACAGCCUUUCCUUUUUGUAGCCGUCCCCAUCUUCACCCGUCUAGUUUGUUUUUACCUAGCAGGAGACUCCCAGUUUAUAUAUGGACUGUAUUAGCCUGCAGGUCAGAGGAGGGACGCACUGUGAGUGGAAACUGGACCUUAAGAGAGAGAACAGGAGGAAAAAAAGUGUUUUAAAGUGAAAGCA